AUGAAGUUCCUUGCCAUUUCCUCCCUCGUUGCAGCAGUCUCUGCUCUUCCCUCUGUGCCUGCCCCUAAGGCUCAGAAUGACCCCAACGCCUUCGGUGUCGUCGCCGCUCGUUCCGCCUCUCCCAUCCACUUCCUUACCCUGAACGCCGCCAACUCCCACUUCUACCUCGGCGGAAAGGCCGCCACCUACUGCCCCGAGAACAUCGAGAAGCUGGGCGCCUGCCCCCCGGGCAAGGAGACCGCUCUCCUCGGCGACAAGUACCUUCAAACAAUGGCUAACUCAAAAUCCAGGACGUCGCCGUCCCCGGUGGCCAGAGCAUCUACGUCGACCCCCAGGGCGCCCUCUCCUUCACCACUCCUCACUCCGGCUACACUCCCCCCGGCUCCUCGACUGAGGGCUUCGCCUACAAGCCCGGCAAGAACGGCACCCUCGGUAGCUGGACCUACAAGAACGGCUUCAUGGCCUGCCCCACCACCAACAGCACCAUCGUGCCCGGUAACCCCAAGUGGCAGGUGUUUGCUGCCUCCAACAAUGCCACCGUGCCCACCGGCAACGUCAGAGACUGCCUUGGAUUCUCGGCUGUUGCUGCCCCAUACACUGGACCCGCUGCUGCCUGGGAGUACAUCUAAGUUUCUCGUCUAA